AAACAUAUUAUGGGAUAUCUACAGAAAAGGGAACUAGAGAAAAGAUUGGAGUUGAGCAACCUUCCAGAUAAUUUUCAAUAAAGUGUGUAGCUGUUGUCGCAUUCGUCAUCCUUCAGGGUUCUUGCUCAGAGCUGACAAGGGAUACAUACGAACCGUAAAUGUGAGCUCCCUGUGGUUCCUGUGUGGAGCGGGCACUCUUGGUGCCAGCGGACAACCUCAUUAGCGUCAGGAUCAAAGAUGGAGGACGAUCUAGAGCUGGAGUCUGAGGGUGCUGGGGCCUUGGCUGCUAAGUCUGUCAGGAAAAACAUUUCAUUGAAGCUCAAAGCUAAGUCCAAGUCUGCAUCAAGUUUAGGAAGGAGCAAAAAGAAGGAGAGCAAAAAUCUUGAAAAGAAGUCAUCAAUUGAUGAGAAAGAUGCCGCCAGGAAAAGAAUGCACUCCCCUGCCGCUCAUGCCCCCCCAGGACCUGCCCCAGUGGUGGUCAAGGAGAUGGAGUGGAACCACAAGAUUAUGAUUAUAGGACAAAAGGUUCAAGAUCCAUUGUUGCACCUCUGUGAGAAAUGUUCUUUACCAAUCCUGGUGUAUGGAAGGCUUAGUCCCUGCAAGCAUUCUUUUUGCUUGUCUUGUGCAGAGAAAGGAGCUGGAAAAUGCCCAAGGUGUGGAGAAAAUGUCCAGCGGAUUGAGAGAGCUCCUCUGGGUAGCGUCUUUGUGUGUUCAAUCGGAGGCAGCCGUUAUGGGAUUUCAGGGUGUAGGAGGAGCUACUUCUCUCAGAGAGACCUGCAGUCCCACAUCAAAAGGCGUCACCAGAGGGACCAGGGCGGGGACGAUAGUGAUGGUAACGAGGGUGAGACAGAAGUGAACCGUGCCAUGUUUCCACACGUUGGUGCUGGGGUCCCAUUUUUUCUUCCCCCACCCCCUAGGAAUGGGGUACCAGUGAUGCCCCACCCCCUUGGUCCUGGGGAUAGGCCGUAUGGCAGUGUCCCCAUGGCAGCAGCAUCUAUGGAUGCAAGACACUUUGUGCCCACUAUGCCAAGGGAGCCAUUCUUCAUGGAGGCCCAGAGGCCCCAACACCCUCCAGUCGGUGGAUUCCCAGGCCAAGCUCCUCCGCACAUGCCAACACAUGUACCUCAAGCAGGAUUCCCACAUCCUGAUCAACCACAGAGAUUACAAGAAGUGCGUGGUGAUGCCAGACAGUCAAGGGCUAUGCCUGGACCAUCUGUGAUCGAUGAACCAUUUGGACAAGCUCGUGGGCCCGCAGGUCCCACCUUCAGAUUUACUGGACCUGAACCUGAGGUGCGUCAAGGAGGCAACUGGCCACCUCGCUCAGAGGCCGACUGGAUGCCAGACAGAGGGCCCGCUAUGAGAGCAGAAAGGGACUGGAUCAUCCCUGCUGGACGAUCAGACAGGGGUGAAUGGGUGCCGGCCAGACCUGAGGGAAACUGGCCGCCCCAUGGGCGUGGUCCAUUACCAGGGGACUCGCACUAUAGACCAAUGUUUUAGGUGUCUUUGAGUUUAUUUCAUUGAUAGCAUCCUUGAAGAUGGCUGCUUCACCCAGGGCCUGUCGCUUCAUAAUUGAACUACACGCUGUAUGAAUAAGGAGAUGAGGAAGGGGUUUCUACAGAUGCUAGACCAUAGAUAAUUGCAGGGAGGUAUUUUAUCCGUUUACGUAGAUUGUACAGUAGCAGUCAGAGUUGCAUGCCCUUUCUAGGUAUUUCAGUGUCCUGGUGUAAGCAGGCUGCAGAGCCAGCGAUACCUGGGUACCGCUAAUGUAAAAGUGAGCAGAGGAAUUCGUGAGUAUUCAAGUAAAAAACUGAUAUCUAUAGUCUUAGUUGAUUUGGAAGUUUGAAAUAAAGGUAAACCCGGGAUUU